AUGACAGAUGAAAUAAACCCUCAAGCCCAACAGCAACUCCCUAGAAAGGACGAGAGGAAAUCGUCAGGUACUGGGAACGGCCGCAAUAUGAAGCGGAGCGUGUCUAACUCUCGACCGAGCAAUGGUGGAGGAUCCAGCCAAGGAGGUACGAGACCUUCAUCUAGGUCUGGUGGCAAGAAGGCAUCAACGAAUGCGCCUGAAUCAGGUUCAGAUACCAAUUCUAGGCGAGGGUCCGAUACUGGGAGGAAACCCGAUGCGCGCAACAAGAAUCAGGGUAACAAUCGUGGAGUCCCCAAUCGUAGGCCUUCGCAAGGUGCGCGCGGCGGCAGCAACAGCAACAGUGCGACAAGGGAGCAGCCUGCCAAGCCCACCAAUGCAGCCCCUCCUCCCACCGAGGGUAGCGAUGCCCUAUCUUCACUGCAACGAGUCAUUGCUGAUUUGAAGACCACCUCACCAGUUCCGCCAACCCCUGCAAGCAAUCCGCUGACCAGUGUUGCCCAACAGUCUACGUUACCCGCCAAUGCGCCCGUCUUCACACCUGGUGCUUCCGCUUACCCUGGCAAUCCGAAUCAUCGCAAAGCUGCAUCUAUGGGCGCCGGCGGAUAUUCCGGUAUGAAUAACUUCUCCCCCAACCUUGGCUCAAUGAUGGAAGACGCGGAGGAUGGCACGGGUAACGCAACAUUUGAGGAGGGCGAGAUUCAGGACAGCUAUGCGCCUCAGCAACCCACACAUCAGCCCCGUUCGCAAUCUCAAAGCUUUGUCCCUCCUCGAUUCGCCGCUCUCGCUGCUGCACAACAAGACCGCGACAACGUUGGCCCUACUGGUCGACCGCAACUCGCUCCUGGGUUUAUGUUUGGAAUGCGUAAGCGCGGAAUCCCUAUGGGACCUCCCAUCAGCGAAGAGGAUACCGGUUUCCAAUUCCCUCAACAGCAGCAGCAGCAGCAGCAGCAAUAUCAACAGGAGCCUUCUCCCCAAGAACAACAAAGGAAGGGCGAGAAUGGCGAAAUCACUGGUAUCAUGGCUGAGCAGAUUGCUAUCCAGAAUCAAAUUGAAGCUUUGCAGCAACACCAGCAAGCUUUGUAUCAACAACAACUUGCCUCUGGUCAGGUACUUUCCCUUGGGACCCCAGGUCUUGCGCCGAAUCGAGGAAACGCCCACCGACGCGUUCAAAGCACUUUGCCUGCUGGUCUCGGUGUCGGUAACGCCUUCGGUGCGCUGCAGAGCAACAUGGGCCAGUUCGGUAAUAUGCCUUCGCUCCCUCUUGGUCUUGACAAUCAGCAAGGCGUUCCCCGCGGACAUGGGCGACGACACAGUGUAAAUGUGGUUAACAAGACACCUUCUCAGAAUGCGCAAGGGAUGAACAUCGGUGGGUUCAAUGGUCAAGAAGGCUUCGACGAUGGCUUUGCCCCUCCCUCUUUCGGCGGUCACUCUCGCCAGGCAUCCCGUGCCGACUCGAGCUGGCGGAUCAAUGGUGGAGUCGGUGGCAUGCAACCCAACACCGCUUUUGCUUCCGAUCUUGCUCAGGCGCAAGCCCAACUCCAAAGUUUGCAGCAGUUCCGCGCUGCCGCUGGAGGUCAUCACCACAAGAUGCCCUCUUUCAGCUUCCCUAACAUGCUCCCCAAUAUGAUGGCGGCGAACAUGAUGGGCCUGGGACUCGGUGGUUUCAAUCUCGUUCAGCAGCAACAACAGUUCCAGUCUCAAUUGCAACAACAGCCUCAGCGCAAGUCCCUGUUCGCACCUUACCUUCCUCAGGCAUCCUUGCCGCCUCUUCUCGCUGCAGGUAAAUUAGUCGUUGGUAUAUUGCGAGUUAACAAGCGAAACCGAUCCGACGCCUAUGUGGCUACCGAGGUCCUCGACGCCGACAUCUACAUUUGUGGCUCGAAAGAUCGCAACCGUGCCUUGGAAGGUGAUAUUGUGGCUGUUGAACUGCUAGACGUCGAUGAAGUCUGGGGUACUAAGAAGGAGAAGGAGGAGAAGAAGCGCAAGAAGGAAGAGAACUCUGCCUACGACAUCAAAUCUUUCUCUGGUCGCAAAGACGACAAGAAGAAGGAUGACGUUGAAGUCGAAGGGCAAGGUCUCAUGCUAUUUGAGGAUGAGGAGGUGACGGACGAAAUCAAACCUCAAUUCGCUGGUCACGUCGUAGCUGUCGUCGAGCGUAUGCCCGGACAACUCUUCUCAGGAACCUUAGGACUCCUUCGGCCUUCCUCUGCAGCGACUAAGGAGAAGCAAGAGGCUGAGCGCCGUGAGCGCGAGGGUGAUCGUGGAGACGAACCUCGUCGUGCCCCGAUUGAGCGCCCUAAGAUUGUCUGGUUCAAGCCUACCGACAAACGAGUGCCGUUAAUUGCCAUUCCCACCGAACAAGCCCCUCCAGACUUCGUCCAGAACUCGGACGAUUAUGUGAACAAGCUCUUCGUUGCCUGCAUCAAGCGCCACCCUAUCAGUUCACUUCAUCCGUUUGGAACUUUGGUCGAAGAACUCGGGCCUAUUGGUGAUAUUGAAGUUGAGACAAGCGCCCUGUUGAAAGAUUGCAACUUCCCCACGGAGGACUUCACUGAUAACGUCCUCAAAUGCUUGCCACCCAUGCCAUGGACGAUCUCCGAUCAUGAGCUGGGCGUUCGCAAGGAUCUGAGAGCCGAGAGGAUAUUCACGAUUGAUCCCCAGACAGCCAAAGAUCUUGACGAUGCAUUAUCUGUGAAGGUGAACGAAGAUGGUACAUACGACGUCGGCGUCCACAUCGCCGAUGUUUCGUACUUCGUGAAGCCCAAUACCGCGUUGGAUCGCGAUGCCCGCAAGCGUGCCACCAGUGUUUACCUUGUCCAGCGAGCGGUUCCUAUGCUCCCCCCUGCAUUGAGCGAACGGCUAUGCAGUCUUGUGCCUGGUCAAGACCGACUGGCAUUCUCUGUGGUUCUAACCUUCACCAAGGACGGCCGAGUUGUCAAGAAGUGGUUUGGCAAGACUGUAAUCAAGUCGGCCGCUCAGCUCUCCUAUGCUGACGCGCAAAACGUUAUCGAAGGCAAGACGCUUGGUAACGUGGCCGUCAUUCCAGAGCACAAUGCUGCGGAUAUCGCGCACGACAUCAAGGUCUUGGAAGACAUUGCUAAACACUUACGAGCCCAGCGUAUCGACAAUGGCGCUCUUAGUUUGGAAUCCCUGAAACUGUCUUUCUCUCUCGACGACAAUGGAUUCCCUACAGAUUGUGGCCCAGUGGAAUACACAGACGCGAACAGGCUCGUCGCCGAGUUCAUGCUUGCUACCAACAUUGCCGUUGCUCAACAUAUUGCUGUCCAUCUACCUGAGCAAGCACUUCUCCGUCGUCACGAUCAUCCAUUAGAGCGAAGGCUUAAAACCUUCGUAGAGCGUGCUGCCAGACUUGGCUAUACCAUGGAUGUGUCGUCAUCGGGUGCUCUGAUGCGAUCGUUCGAAGGCGUCAAGGAUCCUUCCUCACGUCGCCUCUUGGAGCUCCUCUGCUUCAAGGCCACCCAGCGGGCUAAGUACUUCUGUGCCGGCAUGUUAGACAUUGCCAAGUACCACCACUUCGCGCUUAACUCCCCCCUUUACACUCAUUUCACGUCGCCAAUUCGUCGAUAUGCUGACGUCUUGGUACACCGAGAACUGGAAGCCAUCCUUCAACAGAAUGGUUCCGACAUCAAGUUCAGUAUGGAUCGCGACGCCGUGGCCAAAGUCGCCCAGCAGUGCAACAUCAAACGCGAUUCCGCUCGCCUCGCUCAGGAGCAAUCUGCUCAUCUCUUCCUUUGCGUCCUCAUCGCCGACCUUACCCAACGCUACGGACCUGUUGUUCGUCAGGCCAAAGUCGUUGGUGUCUUGGAUGCAGCAUUUGAUGUACUCGUCCCCGAGUUUGGCAUUGAGAAGAGAGUUCACGCCGAUCAAAUGCCCAUUGAUAACCAUGUCUACGACGAACACACGCACACCCUUCAGAUAUACUGGUCUAACCGUGAUGUGAUCACAUGGUUGGCCGAGAACAGCGAUGACGAGCAUUUGAAGAAGGUCAAGCAGAAUGCGGAGCAGCACGCCCUGAAGAUGGAGGUCGCCUCGCGUUCCGUCCACGACGAGAAAGCUCUUUUCGACGAAGAUGAUGCGGACGAGGACGAAAUUGUUCUAGGCCGCAGCAAUCCAGCCGAGGACGUCAAGGAGACCUCGAAGCAACGCCUCUUGUCCAUCGCUAAGGUCAAGCCUGAGUUUGAGGGUUUACGACAGACUAGCGUUGGUCACAAAAUCCAAGAUAUCCGUGAACUCAUGACGGUUCCCGUCAUCGUCACCGCCGACCUCACCAAGAGCCCACCGGUUAUCAAGGUCUACAGCGUCAACCCUUAUGCUGAGAACCAGAACUGA